UGCUAGUAGACAGCCAGUUGACAUUUGCUAACGUCAAUAACACGUGCGUAAUUUUAGUACUAUAUUUACUUUACUUUAUGGAAAAAUCUUUAAUACCUAAUCAAAAGAAAACAUACGCUAAAAUGCCUAAAGUAAAAAAUUUGGAGAAGCUCAAGCAUCCUAACAGUAGAAAAAUGAUGUCCUUAGCAAAGAAAAUGAACAAAGAAGAGAAGAAAAACAACAACAAACUUGGAACUCAUAUAAAGCAGAACUUGAUUGGCGAAAAGAUUCUUUGGUUUAAAGAGAGGAUUCCAGAAGGUUGCGUGAUAUUAAGUAAAGGGGAAACGCUUGAGCUAAUUGAAACUUAUUUAGCGCGGUUCGACGAAGAAUUAGAACAAAUAGCUUUGAAAAAUUCGGUUGGUCAACGAAAAAAUCGGCAACACGCGAGUAGAGAAGACGUUAUUAAUAUAACGAAAAAGCGGGAAAGAGAUGAAUUCGAAACCUGUGGCCUGGAAAUGCCAGAUUUAAUGGAUGUUCAUCAGAUGGAAGUUUUGCGAAACUGGAAUGGAGAGCUGAGGUUUUUGCAGCAUUUUAAGUUAAAAAGAAUAGCAAAAAAACACUUACAGUAGAUUUUAUAAGUGUAACAUAAAUUAUUGUAUAUGUUUUAAAUUUUUUUAUUCUCCUGUUGUUGGACGCUGAAGAAAAAAUGUAUUCAUAUAUCUUUGACUAAGACAAAAUUUAUUGUACUUGUAUGAUGAGCUAAAGAUUUGUAUUUGCAUUCAUACGCAAUUUUGAAAUACAGAUAAAUAAAU